CGCUCGCUGGAGCGUCUCUGGCCUGGCUGCGACAUUUCCCUCUGCGCGCUCGGAGCUCAUCCAUUUGUUUUCCCUCCUCCGGAUAAAACCCAGGAGGAGAGAGAUAUGGCUGCCGCGGAGAAUUUUAACGACUUGGAGUGUAAUUCAUCCGAGGAGGAGAGUAACCGUGCGGCCUUGGUGGGGAAACGGGAGGAAAAGACCUCCCCAGUGGUGCGUCGGCAUCAUCCGUUCAGCGUGGAGGCGCUCAUGUCCGGGAGGAAAUCGGAAGACGGCCGCGGCGCCAGAGACUUCACCUGCGCUGUGUCACCGCCAGGUCUGAACUCUCUGUAUCUGUGCCGAGAGGCGUGCAGUCCCACCGGGGGGAGCCGGAAAAGCUUACCGGCAGUGCCUUCGUCGCCGGUCAAAUCCGAGGCGUCAGAGUCCGAGUCAGACUGCGCGCCCUGGGUCACCAACAGCGCGUUCCCAACACAACCACGUCACAUCAGUGCUGCCUGCCAGCUGAGGAAACACAAGACCAACCGGAAGCCCCGCACUCCUUUCACCACGUCCCAGCUCCUGGCCCUGGAGAGGAAGUUCAGACAGAAGCAGUACCUGUCCAUCGCAGAGCGCGCCGAGUUCUCCUCCUCUCUGACCCUGACAGAGACCCAGGUCAAGAUCUGGUUCCAAAACCGUCGGGCUAAGGCCAAGAGGCUCCAGGAGGCCGAGCUGGAGAAGCUCAAGAUGGCCACCGACGCCAAGACGGCAGCGGUGGCGGCGGCGGCUGCUGGAGCUCUGCAUCCCGGGUUCACGUUGCCGCUGUCGCUGGGUGCCAUGUCCCUGUACGGACAGUCGUACUCGGCCUUUCACCACCACCACAGACCCUUACUGCCCAUUUCACCUCUCGGACUGUAUGCUGCCCCCUUGGGCUACAACAUGUACCACUUAUCAUAACUACUUUGACCUGUGAUGGACUGCAUUUCUGAGGAGUGUUUGUAAAACUUCUACAGCACAAGGAGUGCUUAAGGAACUUUCUGAGGCACUUCAGUUCAUGUUAGAGCGACUUCCCGGCCCUUUGGACUGCCUGUUUACAUGACUCGAGGAGGGCUCUUACUAUCCAACUGUUUAUUACUUGUUUACUUCUGCAAAAAUCAAAGCCGGGGCGAGCACUUGCACGUGGACACAAUAAUAGAGACUAUAGCUUUUCACCAAAGCCUUUUUCUUUUUCUUUUUUAACUUAGCGUAUACGGCGGUGCCUUGUGUUGAAGAGGGCGUCACUAUGAAGACACUUUCCUAUGGAUGAAAACGAGUGUUUCAGCAACUCAGGCCAAAUUAAACAUAUCAGUGAAACAUUCUUUCAGUUUCCAUUCAACUGCAGUGUCUGCCUUAAAAAGCACCCUCAGUUUACUCAGCAAAAACUUGAUGCCAUUGCAGUGACAAACUUGUGUAGAAAGUGUAUUCUCUCAUAGCAAUAAUAAUAAUACUAAUAAUAAUAAUGAUGAUAAUAAUAAUGAUAAUAAUAAUGAAACACAUAUUGAUUUUCCCCUCAUUUCCUUUAUAUAGACAUAUUAAUCAUUAAAAAAAUACAAUGCUGGAAAUGUAUGAAUGCUUAAUAUGUUGUAUUUAUAAAAGUAAUAUGGUGCAGAAUAUCUGACCAAACAAAUUGAAUUGUAUUUAUAUCGGUUUUUGUGUCCCUUUGAAAGGGUCCGCGCGUUGUGUUACGCAGUUGUUUCUGCCAAAUGUUCUAACAAAGAAAUCCUUUGAGAUUGUUUUCCUAAUUAAAUAUUUUACAUACAUUUUAUGUACAAAAAAUAAAGUGGCAAUAUGAAAACGUGUAGUUACACUCACUGUUUGAGGGAAUUCAUCAUGUAAACAGCUGUUAUUGAGUUGUUUUGCUCCUCGUUCAGCACCUGCAGCAGACUCGUAGAGCGUUUGCGUGCCGACGUGUGUGCGUUUGUUGGGUUUGUUUGGUUAGUGUUUCCCAUCAGGCAGUGGUCAGUUCCGAGGUAAUAUUUUGACAAACUAUGAAAUAACCCGACUUCACAGACAGUUCCCAUUAUUACUGAGCUGCAGGCUAAACUUUUAUGUUUUCCCUGUUACACUUUUAUAAUGAUGCUUUUGUUUGCGUGGGCAUACCUUCCGUUGUCUCGCUGACGAUCAUUAUCCCCGGGAUUUACGACCAAACUCUGACUCAUCCAAGUAAUUAGCUGUUAUGACAGUAGCGUUUGAACGAAGAGCAGCAUUUAUUGCCACGGAAGCUUGCUGGGUUGGGCUAUUCAAUCUAAAAUAUUUUGUUUUAUUAUGUUUUUUUUUUUAUUUACCAGAAACAACAAACAAACAAACAAACAAUACUAGUGUCUAUAAAAGAAAUCAGCUAAUUAGCAUUACUUUCAUUUAGUUUAUAUUCACUUGCUCCAUUGCACCUUCGCUUGUUAGGGGGAACCACACUCAUUUGUCCCGGCUCUUAUCCGCACCAAAGUCUUGUUCUUCCUGCCUCAUUAAACUUAAUAUUAACGAGCCCUGUGUGAAUCUGUGGACAUUAACAGACAAACACGGGGUUAGCGUCCCGUUUUAUGGAGCUGCGGGGCGAGUUAGGAGGCUAAAAGGUCCCUGUAACUCACUGCAAUUAUGAGCGCAGUUUACAAGUACUAGUUUGGCUUUGAUGUGAUGAGGAAACUGUUUUAAAAAGGCAGCAACAUAUUUAUGAGGUUCCCCUUUAAUCAGACCAAGGCAGAGAGGCCAGUAAGACAGGCAGAGGGGAGGAGCUCAUAUUGGGAAGCGGUCGUCCUAAUGAAGUGCAGAUUGGCAGGAGAGGCUCACUUGAGAAACAUCAAGAUUGUGGUGCUGGCAGGUGACGGUGGCGAGUUCUGUAAAUGAUCUUUUUGCAGUUUGGGGAGCUGUUAUAGUCUCUACUGGAGAUGGGUGUUUGUGAAUACAACUGUUUUGUGAUGUUUUCUCAACACAACACAUGACUACAUACGUCAUGUGCUUGUCUCCAACCUCCUCUAGUGGCUGUUUUGCAAUAUCACACCAUGGGAAAACAUUUUUUUUGUUUCCCUUAUAGUUUGCAGCAGACAAAAAAACAAAAACAGAUACUGAGAAAUGCAUACUAUAAACUGCCGAUGAAAACUAACACGAGUUUGUGCAGGAGCUUAUCUUACUGUAUGAUCACGUAUGUUAUAGUCAUUAACCUGGUUUACUUGUUUAAUUCAAGUUAAUUGAUUUGGUACAAAUAACAACUAUAAUAAAUGCAAUUUAUCGUG